AUGGCGUCCACAGCGGAGCCAUGGGCCCAAGGGCUCUACGUAGGGUGCCUCUCCUCCGCCGGCGUGGAGGUCAGGCGGAGGCCCUACCACAGGAACUGCGGCUGUGCCCUCCACAAAUCCGGCGGCUGCACCGGCUGCCUUCCAAGCAGCUCGAAGGUCGAGUAUCCAAUCUGCCGAUCAUGGCGGAGCAGCUGCCUGACUACGGCGCCGCCGCCGCCGCCGCCCGUGUUUUUCUCUGAUUCUCCCGAUCGGUGCUCUCUUAGGGAUGUGGUGGCUGUCGGGGGGAUCCGAAUGGAUUCAAACGAGGUGGGAGAUUCUUGGUGA